AUGUGUAGAGUCGUAAGUUUACAUUUCUAAAUUUAAAAGUUGAUCAACAACUGUGCCUAUUACAAGCAAUCUAUAACAAAUCUUGAGCUGAUAUUAGGAGGUUAAGCCCGAGAGCUUUGUCUCUAAUUGUUGUCUUUGAACUUCAAUGUCCUUUUCAGCGUCGACAUAAAAAGAAGGCUAGUCCUAAUAAGUCUAAACAACCGAAGAAAGUGAAGAAGGCAUCAGCCAGUCCUAAGAAGAAAAAGGUAAGUCUAUGUUUUUGGUCAUAUUAUGUUUUCUUGGCUGUUUUCGACUUUUUAUUUUAAUUUUUUUAAUUGUAAAUUUUUUUUUAAUUUUUGGAUUGGCAGUCUGCACCCUUCUCACGCAGGUCGCGAUAAAAAUAUUUUUUUUCGGCAAAAAUUUUGUUCCAACCUCAGGCUACCUGCGUGCAACGUCGUUUUAGUUUUUUAGUUGGGCAGGUACCCUGCAGCUUCAAAAAAAUGUUUAUUUGUUGUAGCUUGUUAAAGUUAUGUUUUAUUAUUCCCUGUUUUUUGUUAUUUUAAUUUUUUAUUUCAGGUAAAAAAGCAUAAAGAGAAUAAAGGUAAGUUUGGAAAUUUUAUUGUGAACUGUAUUUUCUAUAAUUAGUUAGCUUCAUGACAAUAUCCGUCAAAGAAGACAUUUUUUGAUAUUUUAAUUUGUUUUCAGGUUUGAAAGAUGAAGUUAAACAAAAACAUAAAAAAAGUUGUUCUUCGUCGUCGAGUUCAGAAGAAGAAGCUACUAAGAGGAUCAAAAAGAAGCCGAAGACUUUGCCAAGUCCUGUCAACAAACCUAAAAGCCAUGAUAAGCCAAAGGCUAAAACGGUAAAUUUAUUUUAUAACUAAAUUUAAAUCGAUUAACAUUUUUUUAGCACCCUCGAGUUCCGGACUACAUUCUUCCAGUCCUGGUCAACAAAAACUUCUCCAAGAACAACAGAGCAAGGAACAGUGAGGACGCGGCCAAAAAACAAAAGUUGCGUUCGCCGAUUGUGAAGCGAGGUGGGUCGGAAGUUUCUGUAGAUAGUCCAGACAGAAAGACACCGAUCUCUCCGGCUACGCCAAAUCCCACUACACCAAGUCCAGGAAAUGUUUCUAACGAUAAACAAUCUGGUGACGAGAAGGUGGACAAGGCCUCGGAUGUGGAGAAGUGCUUGAAAAAUGUAAAUCCUCGUGCGCCGGAUUCAAGUAAAGGAUCUUCUAAGACUCGGACUCCAUGUUCAGGAUGUGGUUCGUCUGACGUUGACAAACAGUCAGAUUCAGACGACCAGAAGAAGAAACAAGAUUGUCAUAAUAAGGAAGAGAAGAAGCCGGAAAAGGAUAGGAUAUAUUGUAGGGAUGAAGAGUCUUCUUUGACAGAGGUGCAAGACCCGCAGCCGGCUGUUAACGUGCCAAUAGCAAAGGUGAAUGAAGAAAAAGAUAAGGAAAGUUCCAAGAAGAAGAUUCAUAUUCCUGAUGAAAAGAGACCACGCAGAAUAUACUGUAGGGAUGAAGAAUCGUCUGUGGCCGAAGCACAGAAUGUGCAAGAAAAGAAAGCAUCUCCUGUUAAAACAGCAAAGAAAGUGAACGAAGAGAAGGAAAAGAAUACCGCGAAAGAAAAGAAGACAGACAAUGGUACUCUGAAGGAGAAGAAGAAAGCCAACGAUACUUUGAAGGAGAAGAAGAAACUGAAUGACGUAAAGGAAAAGAAGGAUAAUGACACGGCGAAGGAGAAGAAACCAGUCGUAAAGAAGAUUACAGAUGACAAAAAGGAGGAUGUAGCAGAUGAAGGUCACAAAAAGGUGGCAGAACAGAAGAAGAUUCCUAGGGAUAGAAAGUACUGUAGGGAUGAGGAGUCUUCUCUGGCUGAAGUCCAAGAACAACAAUCAGCUCCUAGUGUGAAAAAGAAAGGCGCAGAAGAGAAGGACAAGAACACGUCAAAGGAAAAGAAGAAAGCUAAUGAUACUGUGAAGGAGAAGAAAGCACCAGAUUCCAAGAAGGAAAAGAAGGUACCAGAUGACAAGAAGAAGUUACCAGAUGAGAAGAAGGAGUCAGAUGAUAAGAAGGGUAAGGUAAUAGAUGAAAAGACGGAUUUAAACAAAAAGACGCCAGAAGGGAAAGUCACGAGAGAAAGGAAGUACCGUAAAGAAAACGAGGAAACUUCUCUGAGCGAUGAUGCCGAAGCGAAGCCUCAGGAUGCUACUUCGAAGAAGAAAGUGCCAGAAUUGAAAACGUAUGUUAUGAAAAUAUUACUUUUUAAAUAUAAUUUUGCGAAACUUGAAGGUUUUUAUAAAAAAUUUUUCAGCACGGUUUUUCCUCGUCAUGCUCCUUCAGAACCACAAAUUCUGGAUCCAGCGGAUGCUACACCAACGGUAUGUUUUAUGGUUUGAUAUUGUGUUACAAUCAGAUGUACAAUAAUUGGAAAGCUUGACACAGUAAUGAACGUUUCUUUUUACUUAUACGUAAAACGAACUUAUAGCCCUUGUCAUUUUUUUUUAUUUUCAGAUGGACGACGUUAAAUCUACUGACAAAGAUGACGAUACAACCAAUUAG